AUGACAGACCACCAGAACUCCGCAUUUCAGCCCUUGAAUGAAGUCUUUGAACUUCCACUUCGACCAGUCAAAUUUCCCCUGAUCCUUCCCGCUCAUGCACCCCAUCUUUCCAAUCAAGGAUGGUCUACCUUAACGUUUUCCCCCACGGACCCCAUCCAUAUCUCGUCUCAAAAGCUUCUCCAAGCCAGUAGAUCUUUCUUCGAUCUUCCACUUGAAUACAAAACUCGAUUUCUUACUGGAAAGGGCACUGAAGAAGGGUGGAAUUGUGUGGAAGGCGAGAAGGAAUUUAUUACUCUACGUGAACUAAAUUCUACGCCUCCGGAAUUACUGGAUGCAACGAAAGAAUUCUGGGAAAUCACUGGGGAUGUCUUGAACAAGAUAUUGGGAGAAGUUGCUAGCAGUUUGGGGAUGAGAAAAGAGUCAUUAACACAAUAUUCCGAACCAUGUAGUAAGCUUCUUGGUGAGAGAACGGCGAGUAUGAUCAGAUUAUUCAGGUAUGAAAUGGAUGGGGUGGGGAAUAAGGUGGUGUGUGAGCCACAUCGAGAUCUCGGUCUGCUAAGUCUGUCAAUCAGCGAUGUUCCGGGCCUCGAAGUGUUUGACAAGGACUUCAAAAGAUCGUUCCCGAUCGAGCGAUCGUAUGAAGGAAGAGCCGCAGGAACUGUACUUGUGGGGAGGGAAUUGGAGUUUUUGAGUAACGGUAGAUAUCUUGCUGGUGGACACUCAGUACAUAUGCAUCCAGAAACUGUGACAAGGAACGAGCCAGAUGGAGAGGAGAAUGGAAAUGAGCGACAGAUGCCAGCAGGAAAACACUACCGAUACUCGAUAGUUUUUGUAUUGCGCGGCCAUGAGGAGUUGGCGAUUGAUACGGAUAAGCUAAGAACAUCGAUUACGGGACGAUGGAAGAAACCGAUGAGGAGUCUGAAGAUGGGGAAUUUGUAUCGGCGCUUCAUGAGUAAACACGUCAAUAUCAAUGCGGAAAUUGAGGAGAGGCAGGAGCAGAGAGAGAGGCUGCACGAAAAGAAAGUGAAGAGCUUGACGGGCGACUGA